ACGCGCCUGUCAGCCAGGGAGCGCAGAGCGCAGCACAGAGAGCAUCAACACAAAGGAGCGCGCGUGUUUUUGGCCUGAGAAGUGUCUGAGGUUUGGCAUGAGAGGGGCAGCUUUGCGGGAUUGACCGGACCUGCUUGCAGAGCGCAUGGUUGCAGUGACUUUGGUUGAGGGUUGAUCAGAAUCCAGAGAUGGAGAGGAGCAUCCCGGGAUGGUGCGUGCUCGUGGCUCUCAUCCUGCACGGAACGCGCUGCAGGGCAGCCAAGGAGCUCCAGUGCCAAGAGAUCUCCGUCCCUCUGUGCAAAGGCGUGGGCUACAACUACACGUACAUGCCCAACCAGUUCAACCAUGACACGCAGGACGAAGCCGGCCUGGAGGUGCACCAGUUCUGGCCGCUGGUGGAGAUAAAGUGUUCCCCGGACUUGCGCUUCUUCCUCUGCAGCAUGUACACACCGAUCUGUCUGGAGGACUACAAGAAGCCGCUGCCGCCGUGCAGGAGCGUGUGUGAGCGCGCCAAAGCCGGCUGCGCUCCGCUCAUGAGGCAGUACGGGUUCCCGUGGCCCGACCGGAUGAGGUGCGAUCUGCUCCCUGAGCAAGACAACCUGGACACGCUAUGCAUGGACUACAACCGGAGCCAGACGACCACCGUCUCCCCUGUAGUCGCCAAGCCCACGAACCGGCCUUUGAAACCCUACAACAAGAAGAAGAGCGGGUACGGUCGGGGCUUCCCCGGGAAACACAAACCUGCCGCGUCUCCCUGUGAAACCGGGUGCUUCUGCCGCGCGCCCAUGGUGCCCGUGGCCGGUGAGUUACACCCGCUGCACAACCGAGUCAAAACGGGACAGAUCACCAACUGUGCCAUGCCGUGCCACAACCCCUACUUUACGCAGGAGGAGAGGACUUUUACUUCUUUUUGGAUCGGCCUCUGGUCUAUUCUGUGCUUCAUCUCAACUUUCGCGACUGUUGCAACUUUUCUGAUCGACAUGGAGAGGUUUAAGUACCCGGAGCGGCCCAUCAUCUUCCUCUCUGCCUGCUACAUGUUCGUGUCUGUGGGAUACAUCGUGCGGCUGAUCGCUGGACACGAGGAAGUGGCUUGCAGCAGGGAGAACGGGGCAGAGCACAUCCACUACGACACCACAGGUCCUGCGCUCUGCACCAUUGUGUUCCUGCUCAUAUACUUCUUUGGGAUGGCCAGUUCCAUCUGGUGGGUGAUCCUGUCCCUCACGUGGUUUCUGGCUGCAGGAAUGAAGUGGGGCAACGAGGCCAUCGCCAGUUACUCCCAGUACUUCCACCUGGCCGCCUGGCUAAUCCCCAGCCUGAAGUCCAUAGCGGUGCUGGCUCUGAGCUCCGUGGAUGGCGACUCCGUGGCUGGGAUUUGUUAUGUGGGCAAUCAGAAUUUGGAUAACCUGCGGGGGUUUGUGUUGGCACCGCUGGUCAUCUACCUGUUCAUCGGCACCAUGUUUCUGCUGGCCGGGUUCGUGUCCCUGUUCAGAAUCAGGAGUGUAAUCAAACAAGGAGGCACCAAGACGGACAAACUGGAGAGGCUGAUGAUCCGGAUAGGAGUUUUCACCGUCCUCUACACCGUCCCGGCCACUGUGAUAGUGGCCUGUUACUUUUACGAGCAGCACCACAGACAGACGUGGGAAAUUACGCACAACUGCACGUGCGUAACGGACCCGAGCAGGCAGAGGCCGGACUACGCCGUGUUCAUGCUGAAGUACUUCAUGUGCCUCCUGGUAGGGAUCACCUCGGGGGCCUGGAUCUGGUCCGGGAAGACGCUGGACUCGUGGCGGACUUUCUGCACGCGUUGCUGCUGGGGGAGCAAAGCCUCCGCGGGCUCCAUGUACAGCGACGUCAGCACGGGACUGACCUGGAGAUCCGGCACGGCCAGUUCCGUCUCUUGUCCCAAACAAAUGCCACUGUCCCGGGUCUGAACAGGUGGGGAGGGGGUGUGCACGCGCAGGUGCAUCUUCUGUCAUUUAACAUUUAAAGGCUUAAAAACACAUCAGCUUUUGUCUCUUCUGGAGUAAAAUUUUCUAACUGAGCCAACAUGAAGCUUUGGCUCCCACUUCAUCCCUAAUGUGAAUUAUCCUUUGAUUUUAUUUCCCUUCAUGUGUUUUUACUAAAGUUAAAGGAACGUGCGCUCCUGUUCCUUUUGCCCUAUCCAAAUGACAUCCACUGAUGGGGGAAGAGAAGGGGGGUGACUAAUUGUGCUGGGAUGUCCAUCAGCGUGUUGUAAUUAGCACAUUAAUGAGCGCCUGAUGGCUUCUCUUUAAAUAAUGAGAGCGUCGGCAGCAGAACAAUGUACCUGAUGGGAAGAAUGCGGAGUCUUAUCAGCCGACCGCGUAAAGACGAGAUCCUCCUGGCCGAUUGGUCACGUGUGGAGUCUCCUGCUCUCCUCACUGUGAAGCACCGCAGUGUCUUAAACACCACAUCCACACAGUCAGGCUGUUUGUCUUCUAAACGCAUUAAUACAUUCAUCCAAAUGCCUUAAUAACGCUUCAUACGGGUCCCGUCCGCGCGCAAAGUGUAUUUAUAUAAUUAUUGCUGUACAGGGUGUACAUUUGUAAAUGUGAUUUCAAGAGACUGUAAAUAUGUUUCAUUUUCACUUUGAUAGAAAACUUUAUUUUAAAAAUAAAGCGACUUUUAAUGAAAGUUUAA